AGGGCGGCGCGAGUCGGGGGUGGGGCGGCGGCGCAGCGCCGUCGUCGUAGUCCCCGCCUCUUCCCCAGGGGCCGCGUCGGAGCCUCGGCGGCGGCGGCGGUGCUUACAGCCUGAGAAGAGCGUCUCGCCCGGGAGCGGCGGCGGCCAUCGAGACCCACCCAAGGCGCGUCCCCCUCGGCCUCCCAGCGCUCCCAGGCCGCAGCGGCCGCGCCCCUUCAGCUAGCUCGCUCGCUCGCUCUCCUUCCCUGCUGCCGGCUGCGCCAUGGCGUUGGCGUUGGCGGCGCUGGCGGCGGUCGAGCCGGCCUGCGGCAGCCGGUACCAGCAGUUGCAGAAUGAAGAAGAGUCUGGAGAACCUGAACAGGCUGCAGGUGAUGCUCCUCCACCUUACAGCAGCAUUUCUGCAGAGAGCGCAGCAUAUUUUGACUACAAGGAUGAGUCUGGGUUUCCAAAGCCCCCAUCUUACAAUGUAGCUACAACACUGCCCAGUUAUGAUGAAGCGGAGAGGACCAAGGCUGAAGCUACUAUCCCUUUGGUUCCUGGGAGAGAUGAGGAUUUUGUGGGUCGGGAUGAUUUUGAUGAUGCUGACCAGCUGAGGAUAGGAAAUGAUGGGAUUUUCAUGUUAACUUUUUUCAUGGCAUUCCUCUUUAACUGGAUUGGGUUUUUCCUGUCUUUUUGCCUGACCACUUCAGCUGCAGGAAGGUAUGGGGCCAUUUCAGGAUUUGGUCUCUCUCUAAUUAAAUGGAUCCUGAUUGUCAGGUUUUCCACCUAUUUCCCUGGAUAUUUUGAUGGUCAGUACUGGCUCUGGUGGGUGUUCCUUGUUUUAGGCUUUCUCCUGUUUCUCAGAGGAUUUAUCAAUUAUGCAAAAGUUCGGAAGAUGCCAGAAACUUUCUCAAAUCUCCCCAGGACCAGAGUUCUCUUUAUUUAUUAAAGAUGUUUUCUGGCAAAGGCCUUCCUGCAUUUAUGAAUUCUCUCUCAAGAAGCAAGAGAACACCUGCAGGAAGUGAAUCAAGAUGCAGAACACAGAGGAAUAAUCACCUGCUUUAAAAAAAUAAAGUACUGUUGAAAAGAUCAUUUCUCUCUAUUUGUUCCUAGGUGUAAAAUUUUAAUAGUUAAUGCAGAAUUCUGUAAUCAUUGAAUCAUUAGUGGUUAAUGUUUGAAAAAGCUCUUGCAAUCAAGUCUGUGAUGUAUUAAUAAUGCCUUAUAUAUUGUUUGUAGUCAUUUUAAGUAGCAUGAGCCAUGUCCCUGUAGUCGGUAGGGGGCAGUCUUGCUUUAUUCAUCCUCCAUCUCAAAAUGAACUUGGAAUUAAAUAUUUUAUUGUAAGAUAUGUAUAAUGCUGGCCAUUUUAAAGGGGUUUUCUCAAAAGUUAAACUUUUGUUAUGACUGUGUUUUUGCACAUAAUCCAUAUUUGCUGUUCAAGUUAAUCUAGAAAUUUAUUCAAUUCUGUGUGAACACCUGGAAGCAAAAUCAUAGUGCAAAAAUACAUUUAAGGUGUGGUCAAAAAUAAGUCUUUAAUUGGUAAAUAAUAAGCAUUAAUUUGUUAUAGCCUGUAUUCACAAUUUUGCGGUACCUUAUUGUACCUAAGGGAUUCUAAAGGUGUUGUCACUGUAUAAAACAGAAAGCACUAGGAUACAAAUGAAGCUUAAUUACUAAAAUGUAAUUCUUGACACUCUUUCUAUAAUUAACGUUCUUCACCCCCACCCCCACCCCCACCCCCCUUAUUUUCCUUUUGUCUCCUGGUGAUUAGGCCAAAGUCUGGGAGUGAGGAGAGGCUUAGGUACUUAGGAGCAAAGAAAGAAGUAGCUUGGAACUUUUGAGAUGAUCCCUAACAUACUGUACUACUUGCUUUUACAACGUGUUAGCAGAAACCAGUGGGUUAUAAUGUAGAAUGAUGUGCUUUCUGCCCAAGUGGUAAUUCAUCUUGGUUUGCUAUGUUAAAACUGUAAAUACAACAGAACAUUAAUAAAUAUCUCUUGUGUAGCA